UGUGUUUGGCUUAAUUUUGUUUUGCUUACUGCAUUGCCAUCCGGCGACAUACUAUCCUCCAAAUCCAGCCCACGAUCACUACCUGAUCCGGAUUCUCGUGCCUCACAUUCUCUAGGCGUGCUCAACUCUCUCCCUCGCUACACUCGCGGAGGUUAUGGUCUUUUUCGCGGCUUUAUCUCCACCAAAGUUGCCCAGCAUGGCACUGCUGUGCGCUCUGGUUUCGCUACUCUUUUAUCCCCUGAAUUAACCAGCUUUGGUUUCCUCCGGCCAUAUAUCUUCUCUGGCUACACACAUCUUGUCAUUCGUUUUCUGUAA